AUGUGGUUCUUGGCAUUGCUGGCUUGCAUGGCAGUAACGACGCUGAUCACCAUUCAUACGCGGCAUAUCCUGCGCAAACACGGCCGAAAGAGAGUUUCUCCUCCUCAGCCCCCCGGCCCUGCCGGACACCCCAUUCUCGGCAACCUGCUCUAUGUCAUCGGCCCGCUCCGCAACAACCCACACACCGCUCUCGCCUCCCUUGCUCAAACCUAUGGACCCAUAUUGUCCCUCCGCCUUGGUCUGACCCGCACCAUUGUCGUGGUGUCAUCCGCCGCGGCGGCUCACGAGGCCCUCGCCAAGAAUGACGCAGCGCUCGCAUCCCGGCUAGUGCCGGAUACCGUCCACGCCAUGUCGUAUGGCGCGACGUCCAUGGUCUUCCUUCCAAGUUCCAACCCGCUGUGGAAGCAGGACCGCGUCAUCAUGGGCGCCCGCUUCUCCUCCGGCCGGGGCUUGGACACAAUCCGGCCCAUCUUAGAAUGCCAUGCCGGGCAUCUCACCGAGUACUUGAGGGCAUGCUCUAGCACCGGUAUGCCAGUCAUAAUAAGGGAGGCCGUGAACCGCACGGUGCUCAAUGUCAUAUCCAACAUCCUCUUCUCCGAGGACGUCGUGGACUUGCGCGCGCCGGGGGCCCAACCUUUCAGGGGACUCAUAGUGCCGGUACUAGAGGAGUGGUCGAAAUCCAACGUCUCCGACGCCUUUCCAUUCCUCGCACCAAUUGACCACCUCCUCGGCUCGCGCCGCCGCAUCUCCAUACAUCUCGCCAAACUGUUCAACUUCUUUGACCAAGAGAUCGUUCAACGCCGGUUAGCUAGAACUAGCACUAACACCGGUAGUGAGAAGAACAAUGACAUGUUGGACAUUCUCCUCGCGCGCCAAGCCAUGUCCAAGCUCACGCGCCAAGAAAUCAUCACGUUCCUAACAGUACGUAUGUUCAUUGAGUACUUGUUUCCUUUGCACGUAUUGUAUGUACGUGGAAUGUUCAUUUGUUUUAUUUCUAUACAGGAUAUGUUCAUCGCCGCAAGUGACACGAGCACGGUUACUGUGCAGUGGGCUAUGGCGCAGCUACUGCGCCACCCGGAGAAGAUGGAGAAGGUGCGACACGAGCUCAGAGCGUGCGUUGGAGUUGGGUCCAAUGACUUUGUGAAGGAGAGCGACCUCGACAACCUUCCCUAUCUCCAUGCCGUGGUGAAGGAGACGCUGCGGCUGCACCCAGCAGUACCAUUGAUACCAAGGGAGGUGGCCGCCGAUGGAGUGUCACUAGGUGGCUUCCCUGUCCCAAUCGGAACGGGCGUCGUGGUCAACUUGUGGGCAAUCGGAAGGGACCCUACGGUAUGGCCUCAAUCUGACAAGUUCAUGCCUGAAAGGUUCUUGGCUGCAGGUGCAGGCGAUGCCGUGCACUUUCAGGUCAAGGACGACUAUACCUAUAGGCCAUUCGGAGCCGGCCGGAGGGUGUGCCCUGGAAUGGACUAUGCUCUGCGAUCAGUGCCUCUGCUACUAGCCUCACUUGUGCACAAAACAGAAUGGAGACUACCUGAUGGCAUGGCACCCGAGGAUAUUGAUCUCAACGACCGCUAUGGCACUGUGCUGAAUCUUGCUACGCCACUCUAUGUCGUGCCAUUGUCCACCGUGUGA